AUGCAUGUAUGGGCGAGGCUACAGUCCGAGUACGUGGUACAAUAUCGUACACAUUGGCUACAAAAUGGCACCUAUCGCGAUGAGAUUAGGCAUGGAUACGCACUGGAGCCCAACCAUGGUGAAAUGAAAAAGUUUAUUCUAACACUUACGGGUUUGUAUCCAGACAGCAGACCCAACGCGGAUCAGGCCAUUCAAACUCUAAGCUCAUUAAAAUUGAAUAAUUUUAAUCUUGAUAUUAAAUCAAAAAUAACUGCAAUUGAGCAUGCUGGCAAAAUUAAACACACCAAUGAUUCUGGCGAUUCUGACAUUAAUAUGACCGAGUUGAGUUCAUACUUAAACAGCUUGCAGCAAAGUAGUGAUCGCGGUACUUUUCGUAAUGAGUUUGAUUGGGGUCAUCAAUUGGGCACUAAUCGUGAUGAUUGUAUGGCCAAAUUAAAAGAGAUACGCAUUUGGGCCAAAUUGGACACGGAUCAUUUUGUUCAGUACAGGCAUCAUUGGUUUGAUUAUAAAGCAAACAUGUAUACGCUUAACAUACAAAUGGAUCUGUGUUGGUUCAAUUUGGUUGGCGCUAUAAGACGAGUGCAUGACUAUGUCACUGGUGUGCCUGGUCAGUCCACACAACGAGCUUGUUACUUUUUAAUCACCGAGCUCGUUCAAGAAAUAUUUAAAGCCCUACAAAUUUUGCACGACCAAACACCCGUUAUAUUGCACCGUAAUAUUAAGCCGGAGAAUAUAUUAAUUAAGCAUGGUGCCAGUGGCCACAUGGUCAAAUUGGCCAAUUUUGGCAGGGCUACUCAGCACUUUAGUGACUCACAAACGCAUACUAUGGGCACCGGCAGUAGCAGGUUUACCAGUAGCAUCAGGCACAAAUAUAUGGCCUGGGAAGUUAAAGCUGGACGACAGUACGGGGUAAAAGCCGAUGUUUAUAGCAUGGGUGUUGUGCUCGAGGAUAUUUUCGCUGUAGAUCGAAACAGAAAGACUGCCGGCAAAAAGGAGCUCGAUAGAUGA